UACUUCACUUCCAAUGAAUGUGGCCAUGGAAAUGCAAGUGGAUGAAGUGGUCCAUUCUCUUAAGGAUGAGGUAGAAACAUGGUGUACUGACCAAUUAAUGACAUAUGUCUGAAAACUAGCAACUGAGAACCUCAAUCACCGUGUUUACAUUUCUAAUCAAGAAGAUGCUCAUCUAUGUACUCAACAACCCAGGUUUCCUUGCAUCUGAGCUGCUGAAGCGCUUCAAAAACAACAUCUCAUGUUUCCUAAAGAGGAUGAUGCCUGGACAAGCAGCACAAGUGGUUCAGGAGGAAGAGGGUAAUUCAGUUGAGUUUCCUGAGCUACCCAGCUGCCGUGAUUCAAUAAUCACCAGGAAAUGUUGAUGAUGGUGCUCUCCUGAGCUCCUGCCUGUCCCAGGGAAGACAAAAUCAUUGAAACUGUGCAAAUAAAGUGUUGCUUCGCUGGAAUGAGGUCUCAUUGCUGUUUAUGCGGUGGCUGGCUGCUCAGGACAGGAAGGAAGAAAGUAAUCCAGAAAAGUGUCCUGACCUGCGUCUGCUGCUGCGAUUUAACAACCACCCGGAUAUUUUGAUGACACUGCUCUCUGGAGCUCCUCUCUUUCCUCCGGGAAAAAACGAAUGAAACAAAGAAAAUAAAGUGUUAUUUGGCUGAAGUGAGGUCUCCUGGCUGUUUACGUGGUGGCUUGCUGCUCAAUACAGGGACCAGGAAAUGAGUCCUGCCGCUCCUCUACUUCAGCUCCACCAGGGUGUCUCAGACACCUCAAUGUGAAUGUGGUCAACACAGAACUCUCAGUUGGGAGCCCCAUCAUCGGAUGCAUUUCCUGUUGCUGCUGUAACAAAUGACCACAAUCUUAAAACAACACAAAGUCACCGUUACAGUUCUGGAGGUCAGAAGUCUAAGUCCCUGCGCCUGGUGGCCCCCAUGUUGAAUGGGACCAGGGGCAUCCAUCGCCUGGGUGGGGCAGUGGUCCCAGAGGGCAAUCAGAAGAAGGAAAGGACGAUGCUCCAGUUCCUGACCAACCAUUUCUACGAUGUGGAGGCUCUGAGGGGUUACUUGUUCCAAAGGGAGAUGUCCAAGGUGCAUCUGAAAAAUCGAUCCUUCACCUGGCUGGAGGAGCAACAUGGUCCAUACAGUGCAGGUGCCUUUUUCAUCCUGAAGCAAGGAGGCGCAGUCAAGUUUCGAGACAAGGAGUGGAUCAGGCCCGAUAAGUAUGGCCAUUUCUCUCCAGAGUUCUGGAAUUUCCGGGAAGUGCCUGUCGAAGCUGUGGAUGCCAGUGACUGUGAAAUCAACUACGAGGGCCUGGACAACCUCCUGCUCCUGAAGGAGCUCCAGUCCUUGUCGCUGCAGCGCUGCCCCCACGUGGACGACUGGUGUCUCAGCCGCCUCUACCCACUGGCCGACUCGUUGCAGGAGCUCUCGCUGGCCGGUUGUCCCCGCGUCUCCGAACGGGGCCUUGCCUGCCUCCACCACCUCCAGAACCUCCGCAGGCUGGACAUCUCGGACCUCCCUGCCGUGUCCAACCCAGGCCUCACUCAGAUCUUGGUGGAGGAGAUGCUGCCCAAUUGCCAGGUUGUGGGGGUCGACUGGGCUGAGGGCCUGAAGUUGGGGCCAGAGGAGCAGCCUCAGGACACAGCCAGCCCUGUCCCUGCCUAGCCUUCAGCCCUGUCCCCACUCGAGUGGCUUCUCAGCGGGCUGCAUGGAAUGUCUGGUAGCUCGCCACACUUCUGGCUUCCAUUUGUCUUCACUCAACAUGGGGGUGGGGGAAUGGUGCUGGCCAAUCACAGGGAGAGAGCAUGAAGUCCCAGUAUUUAUUCCUGACUGCCCUUGGCUAAAGGUCACAGCUCCUGUCACUCUUUCAGACAGCCCUUUCCAUGCCCCUCUUCAGGCCUGGGGAGGUAAAGUCUCAGGCUGUCAGUAGCUGCAGAGAGCCACACUCACCUUGUCAAGAGACUCUUCUCAAACUGUCCUUAUGUGAGUGCACUGCCAUUUCUUGCAGUGACCCUGACUGACACAGGAGCUGCUACUGACACUUUACAGGGAUGGUUCUCCCCCAUACAGGGCCUCUCUGCUCACUAUAGGAUGUGCAGCAUCCUUUGCCCCACUCACUAAAGGCCAGCACACCCCCAGGCCCCAUGGUAUUGCUGGUUAUGGAUUUAUUGACUUUAUAUUCCAAAUUCAGCUUUUUUGGUCUGCGUUUCUUUGGAAGGGGGAUAAGCUUUGUCAGUAGAGGGCACCAAACAGGCAUUACAGGAGGAAAGGCGCCUCCUCCUUCCUGGUUCCUGUUGGUUGUGCUUCUGCCUCUGGACCCCGCGGUACGUGUGGCUUCCCCAGCACCCAGCUCCUGAAGCACCAGGCGGUCAGCAGCUGCCCUUGGCACCCUCCAGCCCCCAGAAGUUGCGUAGGAGACACAGCACCUCCACUGAGGCACCUCUCUGGGAAUAACAUUCCCCAGCACCCCAGAUGGAUUUCCAGUCAAUUCAGAAGCAUUUCACCAGUGAAGCCCUCAUUAUUCCAGUUCACUGUUAAAGCCAGUAAUUCUCUAUAUUAAACUUUCCCUGUUCAAGUUA